AUGGGCAAAGCCAAAACAAUUGAGAUAGACGGACGCACUGGCGAAGGCGGCGGCCAGCUCGUCCGCGUCGCCGUCGCCUUGGCCUCCGUAACUUCCCAAGCUGUCAAGAUCAUACAUGUGAGAGGGAACCGACCUACCCGUUCAGGCGGAAAGGGAGGAGGUCUCAAAGCUCAGCACGUAACUGCGAUCAGAUGGCUAGCAGAAGCCACCGAAGCAGACGUGGAAGGGUUAGAAGUCGGCAGCAGCACACUCGUCUUCAUCCCACGCAUACCUCCAGCCAACGCUCUAGACGGCAAGAGCAGAUCGAUCAAGAUUGCCGCAGACACCGGCGCAGCGAGCACUCUACUCAUACUCCAGGCAAUCCUCCCCUUCCUCCUCUACGCUGCGGAAAGCGAGGAUGAGCCGGCCCCCGUGGAGCUCGAAAUAACAGGUGGAACAAACGUGGGCAUGUCAUUAAGCUACGAAUACCUCGACCAAGUCCUCCUCCCCAGGCUCCAAGACGUCUUCGGCAUCACCAUCGAAAGGAACCUCAAGAAACGCGGCUGGAGUCUCGGUCCGCAGAGCAGAGGCGCAAUAUGCCUAACAAUCCACCCUCUCAAACAGGGCCAGAGACUACAGCCACUCCCAUCACCAGAGCAUGACUUUGAAGUCCGCCACGUAGACGUCUCCAUGAUCGUCCCCUCGCACAUGCACUCAGACCUCCAAAACGCCCUCACAAAAGAAAUCACAGCCCACGUCCCCACAGCAGAGGUGACCUUCAAGAUCGUCGAGGACUCGGGCCACGACGCGCGCAUCUACGUGCUGCUCGUCGCCCGCUCCGCCACGGGGCUCCGCUGGGGCCGCGACAUACUCAUGUCCACGCCGAAGAAGGGGAAGCAAAAAGAAAGCAUCGCGUCGCUGGUCUCGCGGCGCGUAGUCAGAGACCUGGCCAAGGAGCUCUCUGUCAAGGGUUCAGUCUGCGACGAGUUCCUCCAAGACCAGCUCGUCAUCUUCCAGGCGCUCGCCGGGGGCCGCACGUCGUUCCCGCGAAGCCCCGUGGCGGAGGGCGCCGAUGCGGAGACGUUACAGCAGAACGUGGCGGAGCCGGAUCUUGGGGAAAGAAUGAGGCGGGAUAGGACUGAGAAACCAUUCGGGCAGGGGAGCAUGCAUUCGCAGACGGCGAGGUGGGUUGCUUCUGAGAUUCUGCCAGGGUUGAAGUGGUACAAUAAGGGCGAGAUAUGCGAAGGUGUUGGAACGAGCUUCAGUUGA